AUGGUCUCGACAUUACAACUGCAAGAAAAGUAUAACAAAAUUAGAAAUAACUUCUGCUUUUAUUUGGAUAUACAAGAACCUGCUUUGUGUCGUUCAAUAUCUCGAAGAUUACAGGACAUGGGUCUACAGGAAGAAGUGUUCCUGACACAGCGGGUAACUCACGUUGUAUUGGAUCACAAGACUGGCAUCAGCACACCAAAAUGGCCGCGUCGUGAGGGUAGAGCGCGCGUCGAUGCGAUGCUUGAGAGGCUACGUGUCCAGCCACCUCCGAAACCAGCUCAACAGAACUAUAUCCAGCUCACUGUUCAGAAGGCUAUAAGUCUUUUGGAUAAACUGUAUGACACAUUCUUCACGCCGCGUAAAGUGCACGUCAACUACUUCAGUAAACAUUUUAUCAAGAUUGAGUUUUUGGACAAACCGUGUCGGCCAGUGUAUAAGGAAUUUGACGAGUGGCCCCGGAUCUCAUUAGAACCUGACUCUCUGAAGGAGGAAAAGAGGGAGGUGCUAGACAACACCGUAGCAAUUCCAUCCAAUAAUAACAUAGCUCCCAAAAUGACAAGAAAAAGUCGACCGCGUGUCAAAGAAAGGGAAAUCAAGGAGGAAAAAGGCGGUUACUGUGAGAUGUGUAAUGUAGACUAUGCCGAUGCAACCCUUCAUAGAAGAUCCCCACAUCACUUGGCAUUCGUUCGAGACCACGCCAAUUUCUUGUCCCUCGACUCUCUUAUAACUUCUGGUGCAGAUGUAAAUACGUUUCUUGACAAGGCAACACCUGUAAACGGUGAAAGGAGGUCCCUUAGAAAAAUAUGCAAUGGUGAUGUGGAACCGAAAAAACGUUCUAAACAUUCUCAAUCUCCAGAUGGCAUUAAUGGCAAAAUCAGUCCAAAACGAAAUGGUGGCAUAGAGGAAGAAAAGAAACACAACACAAGGUGUAGUAAGAAAACCAGUGACUCUACUCAGUCUGAAGACCGGCAGUAUUAUAAAGUUGUCGGAGUUAGCACGAAACUGAGAUCUAGUGGCGGUUUCAUAAAGAAAAAGGAUCCAACAUUGUGUAAUGGUGCUAAACCUCUAGUUGUAAAGUUUAGAAAAGUGCGUAGAUCUGAAUUGUCAGUGUUGAGUGAUGAAGCAGAACAGUUCAUGUUUCCCAAACGUGCCAGUUCAAGCAGUUCCACUUCAUCUGAUGAAGCCAUAGUCAAUACAAAAACAAGGAAAAAACAGUCACCACAACUACCGCCCCCUGAAAGGCAAAGAUUGGCUAGACCUAUUGCUUUAAAAGAGGAGUCAUCUGAAGAAGAUAUCUGGCCUGAUAAGCAAAGAAGGAAAAGGCGAGUCCCCUCAGGUAUAAAAAGGGUUCGAAGAAGAGUAAUUCGAAAACCACCAUGUAAGCCUCCCGAACCCGUAGAACCAGAUCCUCCUCCUCCUAGGGUGCCUGAACCAGAACCAGAUCCAGAUCCAAGGCAAGAAAUCAGUCCGUUGCGAGGGGAGGCGGAGGAGCAAUGUAUGAAAUGGGAAGAUGGACGCUUAAAAUAUACACCAGCUGUUGAACAGCUAGAAUUUGCAUUCGAGUCUGUGCCGCAGAGUGAACCUUGGUUUGAAACUUUUAAACGACAAGAUCAAGACAAGGUUGUUGCUAAGAAUGUUCCACAAUAUUUUGCGCUCUACUCAAAGUCACCAAAGUUACCAUAUGAAAUUGGUCAGUUACCACCACUCAAGCCAAAUUGCUGUCCACUCAGCGACUUAGUAAAACGAGAGGAAAAACCUGGGCCGUCGAGGUCAUACGGUACUAGAGGUAUGAAGAAAAAGAGGAUUACAAAACGAGCCGCCGCUAUCAUAGCUAUGGAGAGUCAUCCGCGGAAGUCACCGAGGGAACACGCUUCUACCCUGGCCAUAUUGGGUUCAGCCGGCCUACUCCACAGGCGUAAGAAUGAUGAUGCUAAAUCCACAGCGUCCGAGGAAACUCUCAGCGAUACUCAUUCAAAGCUUGAACCUGUUGUCUCAGAAGCCCAAGAAACAUCAGAAAGACUGCAACAAUUCCUUUCAGAAGUCUUCGAGGGGUCAGACUACGACGUCUCUGAAGAUGUGAUGGAAAACGACAUUCCGACCAUUACAUCUCGGGUGGCGCCGGACGUGUCCAACUUAGUAUCCGAGUGUGAGAAUUGUGAUAUCAUUCAAAACGAAAUGAAGAGUACGGCGAAGACACGAGAGAGACGGGGCAAGUUCAAAAAGAAGAACCGAACCGGUUGGCCGUCUAAGAAGAACAAGAAGAAAGGCUCUAGAAACAGCAGUAUGGAUGAAAAGGAAGGUUUGGAUCGAAGCCUGGAGACAUUGAGUGAGACAGAUGAGAACCAAACGGAGAGCGAAGAAAAGAACACUCAGGAACUAGAGUUACCGUGCCCAAUGGAUGACCAUAUCAAUAGUAAAAAUGUUAUAGAUAAUAAAAGUACGACUGACAAGAGGUCUUCCGACAGUGAGGAGAAAGUAGAAAUAAAGAGGAAAAAACGCGCGUUGCAAGGCUUGUGUGAUUGGCUACCGGUUGUGAGGGUGGCAAGAGUGGACCCUAAUGCGACGAGGCGGCUCCGUUCUGCCGGUAGGGGGCGCUUAAGUAAGUUCAGAUAG